AUGAUCACCAUCUGUCAUCGUUCGUACACGCAUGUUUUCCGUCGUCUGCCGUUCACCUCGUCGCAUUCUCUUUUGGUUCUGAGUAUCCGAAGGAUAGCAACCAAUACCGCCGAGCGAUCUGGUCAUGCUUUUUACGACGACAAGAUCAUCACGUAUGCCAAUCGACCUAUUAAACCUGUCACAUUAAAGCAACUGCUGUGUUUCGGCCAACCGCCGCUGUCGCAAGAAAGCCUUCGAGCAUGUGCGCGUUACGCCCGGACGGAAUUACCGGUUCGUCUUGCUCGAAGAGUGCGCGCUUUCCAAAGUCUUCCUUUCAUCGUCGGCACCAAUCCUUACAUUAAACAAAUCUACAAGCUAUACUACGAAUCCUUUGAAAGCCUGGAAAGAUACUCGCAUCCGACAGACGAUACCAACGACAUCGAAUACGCAGAAAAACUGAAAGAAUUGGUGGAGCGCCAUUCUGAUAACAUUCCCAUUCUCGCCAGAGGAUUUUUGGAAUGCAAACAGUAUAUGAACGGCCAAGACAUGGCGACGUUCCUGGACGACAUGAUUCGUGCGCGAAUAGGAAUUCGUCUGAUUGCCGAGCAGUGUAUUAUGUUGAUGCAACCGCACGAUGCGACCGAUGGUCAUAUUGGCAUUAUCGAUACCCAACUGAGUCCUCACAAACUCAUCCGGACCUGUGCUGACUUUGUCGCCGAGCUCUGCGAGUUCAACUAUGGCCAAAGUCCGGAAACCAUUGUGGAUGGCCAUAUCGAUACGACUUUUACCUACGUACCGGUGCAUCUGGAAUACAUUCUGACCGAACUACUAAAGAAUUCACAUCGCGCGACCAUUGAGUACAUUAAAAAGUCAGGUCAGACCGAGGUUCCUCCCAUCCAGGUCACCAUCAGCAAUGGUCAGGAAGAAAUCGGCAUCCGGAUCCGAGAUCAGGGCAGCGGUAUCAAAGAGGAAGAUCUGAACAAAGUGUUUGAAUACUCUUACACAACCGUAUCAAAAGCGGGAGACGAUGAGGAUCCAUCCAGUAUCUUUGCUGGGAUGGCCGAAAUGGUGAUGCAAAGUGGUGUAGGUGGACCAUUGGCCGGUUUAGGCUUUGGAUUGCCACUCGCACGUAUGUAUGCACGCUACUUUGGUGGUUCUUUAACACUUGUUUCCAUGAAUGGUUACGGUUGUGAUGUAUUUCUGAAACUGAAACGCAUCGACGAAUCCAUGGCGGAAGAUUUAGAGAUUUAG